GCGGUUGCUAUUUGCACAAAUGUUGAGGCAAAUAUUUGUGCGUUUUAUAAUGACACAAAAACGCUUCUUUUUUUGAAUUCCAUUGAAUGCUCAACAACGUGUAAUCUAAGUACUAUAAUUUUUUGUAAUUUCAUGAGGCUAAAAAUACCCUUUUUUUAAAAAAUGAUUUCGAAAUUAAACUGCGCAACAACAACAAAUUCUUAAUGAAGCAAAGGAUAAGACGCACGCCCAUUUUUCUUAAGUUUUUCCCGCCAAAUUUAAAAUAUUGCCUACGCCUGCUCUAACUUUUCAAACAUGGCGAACUUGACGUUCGAUUUAUCGUAUCCCGUAUAUAUUUAACUUCCCUUUAUUUUGUUUUGGUCAGCGUCAGCAGUAGUAGUGUGUGGCACAACAGAAGGUCUCAUCGACAAAUAUAUCUGCGACUUUCCUUUGAAAUUCGAGUUUCCGCAAUAGAUCUUGCGGUCCAUUAGGAAUUUACAAAAUGCCUUGGACGGUAAUUCUUUUGCUCGUGAUCGGUCAAAGCUGAGCUAAAAAUGGAAAGCGGCAAGACUUCUUUAAGAGAUCUGCAGCAGCUGCUGCGCUAUUUUUCCACUUACACGUAUAAGGCCAAAGAAACUCAUCCAACUGCCAACGAUGCUAUGAAAAAAUGUCUUCAGCUAAUAUCCCUGGAUUAUGAGUAUUCGACUAUUGAUAACUCUUCUGGUGACCUGAGCAACCGAUAUCCAAGCCACCUGAUUGUCCUAGAGGGUGAGAAGCAGAACUCUGGCAUCGAUCAUCAGCCAUGCACUAUUUAUGAAAGCACCCUAGACUCAGGAAAGAUGAGGGAGGUCAUUUCCAAGGCCAGAUUUGCUCGUUGCAGGUCUAGAUUUCCAGUGCCCGUCAUUCUUUACCGUGGAAAGCACAUUUGCAGGUCAGCAACCCUUUCAGGAGGUCCGGAGCUUUAUGGUCGGUCAGGAUUCAGCUUCUUGUUCUCCUCCAUGGGCAACAACCAGGCGCCUCCAUCACCCCCCCAGCAAAGUCUGAAUUUGGAGGAUGACGAUUUGGAUGAGGAGUCGGAGAUCGAUGCCUCUCUCCGAGGGGGUGAGUGGCAGUUGUUUGACAAGGUUCGCAACAAGGACAUUAAGCUGCUGAAAAUGCUCAGCAUCGGCACCAUCAUUGACUUCAUGGUUGAGAAGAAGAAAAUCAAAUUUGGAGUUUAUGUCACUUCAUCAGAGAAGGUUGACAAAGAGAACCGCUAUAACGACUUCAGAAUUCUUGCACUUCCUUACCCUGGUUGUGAGUUUUUCAAGGACUUCCGGGAAAACAAUCACUCUAGUGAUGGCCUUCUGUAUGAUUGGAGUCACCCGCAGGUGGACACUGGACUCUACAUUCCUGAAGACGAACAAAUAUCUCAUCUUCGUAUAGAUUGGAGUCAAUAUCAGAAAUGGGAUUUGACUGAGCUGACAAAAAACUACAUGUUGCUGAUUUUAUCGUACAUCCAUGAGGCCAAAAGUGGCCUGUUGGUGCACUGCAUCAGUGGGUGGGACCGGACGCCGCUGUUCAUCAGUUUGCUUAGACUGUCGUUGUGGGCCGACAACCUUGUGCACCAGUCUUUGUCGGCAGCAGACAUCCUCUACCUCAGCCUAGCAUAUGAUUGGAUGCUCUUUGGCCACCACUUAGCUGACAGACUGAGCCGAGGAGAGGAAAUUCUAUUUUUCUGCUUCCACUUUCUCACACACCUUGCCGAGAAUGAAUUCAGUCUCCACAGACCAAGGAAGAGGUCACCAAUGGUGAGCAUUUCUGCUAGACAUGAGUCGGAAUCUUCUUCAGUUACUGAUUUUGAAGAAUUAGAAGUUGAAAAGAUUUUGUACCCACAAGAAGGAUCGGUUUCAAGUAGUUUGAGCUCUAAUAAAAGUGAGGACCAUCAAGUUUUGUACAGCAGUUUGCCUGGGUACAUGGAACAUUCUCAGAUAGCAGGUUCUGGACAAAUAAGUGAAAGUAUGUGGGCUUCAGCUGUGAUGUCGAUGGAAUCAAAACAUUUUGAAGAUCAAAACUCUGAAUUAUUGUCCUCUAGUCCCAACCAGCGGAGUAGUCCACGCGUUUCAGAAGCCCAAUCCAGUCCCGUUGCAGUGCCAAAAGACAGAUUUAGACAUCGGCAUGACUCAAAUGGCUCGUUUGCUGGAAGCUGGCAAAUCAUAUCUGACCAAGGGAGUAUGCGAGGCUCAAACUCCUGUGGAGUGUCUGAUUCGGUCUUAUAUCUUAAAAACAGCACUACUACUUCUUACAAAGCUUCAGAAGACAUGACACAGUCGAGCAUUACUGUAAUUGAGAAUGACAGCUGCUUAACUUACGGAGAAAUUCCUCAGACGAGGAAAGAAAAGUUGAAAGCAGUGCAGAGCCUCUUUUUCAAUGUUUACCACUCAACUUCUCCUCUGCCUUCUGAAGGGAUCAGUCUCAGCUCAUUUCUUGGAAAUUUUGCAGAAAAAGUAGGCAUUUUCCAGACUGCCCACUCUUGAUAGUCUUUUGAGGAAUGAGUAGCAUCGGCAGGUGCAUCACACAAGACUGCACACAGAGUUAAUUUUCUCAUUUUGUUGUUACUUUUUCUUGAUUUUAACUUGUUGAUCAUUAGACAAAUUCAUUGUUCUAAAUUUUAUUUUCUACUUAUUAUAGUCAACUGUGACGCCGCAGAAAUUUUAAAUAAAUUUUUGUCAUAAAAAGUGAAAGUAAAGAAUUUUA